AUGAACUCAAAAAGCGAAACUGACGAAGCUUCAAGGGGGAGCGAAGCGUCAUCGUCAAACAAUAAUCCAGCCCCAAGCAACUCGAAGGAACAAUCCGAGGCGGGUUUAUGCGCCGAUACAAGUUCAAACUCGAGCGACAUUAUGAAGAGAGCGGCCGCAAGACAACUGAUUGAGAGGUACUUCUACCAGCUUCUAGAUGGCUGCGGGAACCCUAAUUGUGACAACCAGUACUGUGCUUCAAGCGGAGAGGCAAGAAACUUGACACCAAAUGAGGCUGCAGCAGAAGCAAUAAAACUAUUUUACAAAGAGGCUCGCCUCUGUGACACUCUACCAAAUAAAGUACCCAGAACUGAAGCCAGUACAUGUGAUACUAGUGCCAGCGCACCAUGUUCAACGUCAAAUACAAAGGACAAAAACAAUAGGGAUAAGAAAGGUGACGCUUCAUGUAGUUCUUCACCAAAUGACAACAAGACAGACAAGCCUGAAACUAGUCAUAAUAUAUCUCGGGAGGAGUAUAAAAAUCUAAGUCAUAAUAACGGGGCUCCAUUAACUGAGGAUCGUAUAUAUGAAUUGUGUGACGAGUGUCUCCAGACUAAAAAACCUCAAGCACUUAUUAGAGCUCUUGGUGAGGCUUUCACCCAACCAGCCAUAUUAUCAAGAUGUUUUCAGAAGAAAGUCUCCAAAUGUGAUGUAAGCGAAGGGAAGAAAAAGUUAGAUAAGGAAUUAAAGGCGAUGUGUUCUUCAAGUGACCCUGAUAAAGAUGUAGACUGUGUUACCGGCCCGGGGCUGGAUGUGGCUUCAUGUCAGAGAGCCUUUCAGUAUCUUGCCAAAGUGCCGUCUGAAUACUAUAGUUCAGCGUUAGUCACUGCGUUGAAGACUUUGGCUGAGAACAUGGAGAUAGAUUUACGAAUAACAAAGAAAAUGAGUUUGGAGGAUGUCGUCAACUGUUUUGUGAUAGCAUUCGAAGUGCCAGAUCUGAGGUGUAGUGAUUAUCUGGAGAUUGCUCUGCCGGCCUUGUGUCAUGCAGCCGAACAUUUGCCAGUUAAAGCUCAAGCUAAAUUAGCUCGUAUCUGGUCCCAGCACUGCAAGGAUAGCUUACGUCAUAUUCUGGAAACCUUACAGCAGCUUAUCACACUGAGGGUCAUCUGUACCAACUAUUCCAGGAAUUACCAGGUUCAAGAUGAUGAGACCGUUACCAUGGCAACCAAACUGAUGAAGAUAGUGUACUUCGCAAAUAUGUUAGCCGGUGUGAUGGAGGCCAACACUUUGAGAGAGGAGCCGGUAGUUAUAGCGAGUCAGUUGGACCCGCUGGGCGACGCCUUGGAUCACUUGUACCCGCUGUCAUCGAUCAAGAACUCUAAACAGGCGCAGCAAGAUGACCCGCUAGCUAUUGAAUUAGAUGUAAAUGUACUAGACUCUAGGAAGCCAUAUUUGCCAUUCGAAGAGUUUUAUAACGAACCCCUUAGUGAUAAUAUAGAAAUGGAUAUAGAUCUAGCUAAUUGUAAAACUGAAAUAGGUAAUGGUAGAAAGUUCUCGUUCCUCAAGUACCCGUUCAUACUGACUGCCGCCACCAAGUCGCUCGGGCUGUACUACGAGAACCGGAUCCGGAUGUAUUCUGAGCGGCGCGUGUCGCUGUUACACGCGGUGGUGGGGGCCGCGCCGCCCAUGCCCUUCCUGAGGCUUAAAGUGAGACGAUCGCACAUCAUAGAUGACGCUCUUGUUGAGUUGGAAAUGAUAGCAAUGGAACGAGCAUUGGACCUCAAGAAGCAGUUAGUGGUUGAAUUCGAAGGCGAGCAAGGAGUUGACGAAGGUGGAGUUAGCAAGGAGUUCUUCCAAUUAGUCGUUGAACAAAUCUUCAAUCCUGACUACGGCAUGUUCACACACAGACAGGACUCACAUACUGUGUGGUUCAACCCUACGUCGUUUGAAACGGAGGCUCAGUUCACAUUAAUCGGUAUAGUGUUGGGGCUCGCCAUAUAUAAUAAUAUUAUAUUAGCGGUCAACUUCCCUAUGGUUGUGUAUAGAAAACUCAUGGGAAAGAAAGGUUCCUUUGAAGAUCUAGCUGAUUGGAAUUCCACUUUAUACAACGGCUUAAAAGACAUGUUGGACUACACCGGCAGUGACUUAGAAGAAGUGUACUAUCAGACGUUUAGGAUAUGUUACACUGAUGUGUUCGGUAAUAAUAUAUUCCAUGAUCUCAAAGAAAACGGUGACAAUAUAUUCGUAACGCAGGAUAAUAAACAGGAGUUCGUCGACCUGUAUUCUGAUUUCCUCCUCAAUAAGUCCGUAGAGACUCAGUUCCGCGCCUUCCGUCGCGGUUUCGUGAUGGUUACAGAUGAAAGUCAGUUGGGAUCGCUGUUUAGGCCCGAGGAAGUGGAGACUCUCGUUUGUGGGAGCAAGAACUUCGACUUCAACGAGCUGGAAAAAUCAACGGAAUACGACGGCGGGUAUACAGCGGAAUCACAAAUCAUCAAAGAUUUCUGGAGCAUCGUGCACAGCUUGACUUUAGAGGACAAACGCAAGCUGUUACAGUUUACGACGGGUUCUGACCGCGUGCCAGUCGGCGGUUUGAGCCACUUGAAACUGGUUAUAGCCAGAAACGGACCAGAUUCUGACCGUCUGCCUACCGCUCAUACGUGCUUCAAUGUGCUCCUGUUGCCAGAAUACAGCUCGAGACUCAAGCUGCAAGAUCGACUCAUGAAAGCCAUCAGCUAUUCUAAAGGCUUCGGCAUGCUGUAA